AUGUUACGGUUGAUCAAUGAUGACUCCAACACCACACUCUGUGUGUUCAGAUCUGUGUGUUCAACGGGGAUCGAUCAGGAGGAGGGGAGGCCGCCAGAUGGAUUGACUUGUUGCCAGAUUUGUGUGGCGGUGUGUGCGGCGGCGGCGCUGAAGGAUCUGACCCGUGUGUGUGUUUGUUGUGCUCAGGCCGGAGCUGUGAAGGAUUACAUGAGGAUGAUGCUGCAGGACGAGCGCCUCAAGUUCUUGGUGUUCGCACAUCACCUGACCAUGCUCCAGGCCUGCACCGAGGCCGCCAUCGAGGCCAAGGUGUCUGACAUGUCUCCUCCUCUUCCUCCUCUUCCUCAGGUGUCUGACAUGUCUUCUCCUCUUCCUCCUCUUCCUCAGGUGUCUGACAUGUCUUCUCCUCUUCCUCCUCUUCCUCAGGUGUCUGACAUGUCUCCUCCUCUUCCUCCUCUUCCUCAGGUGUCUGACAUGUCUCCUCCUUUUCCUCCUCUUCCUCAGGUGUCUGACAUGUCUCCUCCUCUUCCUCCUCUUCCUCAGGUGUCUUACAUGUCUCCUCCUCUUCCUCCUCUUCCUCAGGUGUCUGACAUGUCUCCUCCUCUUCCUCCUCUUCCUCAGGUGUCUGACAUGUCUCCUCCUCUUCCUCAGGUGUCUGACAUGUCUCCUCCUCUUCCUCCUCUUCCUCAGGUGUCUGACAUGUCUCCUCCUCUUCCUCCUCUUCCUCAGGUGUCUGACAUGUCUCCUCCUCUUCCUCCUCUUCCUCAGGUGUCUGACAUGUCUCCUCCUCUUCCUCCUCUUCCUCAGGUGUCUGACAUGUCUCCUCCUCUUCCUCCUCUUCCUCAGGUGUCUGACAUGUCUCCUCCUCUUCCUCCUCUUCCUCAGGUGUCUGACAUGUCUCCUCCUCUUCCUCCUCUUCCUCAGGUGUCUGACAUGUCUCCUCCUCUUCCUCCUCUUCCUCAGGUGUCUGACAUGUCUCCUCCUCUUCCUCCUCUUCCUCAGGUGUCUGACAUGUCUCCUCCUCUUCCUCCUCUCUUCCUCAGGUGUCUGACAUGUCUCCCUCCUCUUCCUCCUCUUCCUCAGGUGUCUGACAUGUCUCCUCCUCUUCCUCCUCUUCCUCAGGUGUCUGACAUGUCUCCUCCUCUUCCUCCUCUUCCUCAGGUGUCUGACAUGUCUCCUCCUCUUCCUCCUCUUCCUCAGGUGUCUGACAUGUCUCCUCCUCCUCUUCCUCCUCUUCCUCAGGUGUCUGACAUGUCUCCUCCUCUUCCUCCUCUUCCUCAGGUGUCUGACAUGUCUCCUCCUCUUCCUCCUCUUCCUCAGGUGUCUGACAUGUCUCCUCCUCUUCCUCCUCUUCCUCAGGUGUCUGACAUGUCUCCUCCUCUUCCUCCUCUUCCUCAGGUGUCUGACAUGUCUCCUCCUCUUCCUCCUCUUCCUCAGGUGUCUGACAUGUCUCCUCCUCUUCCUCCUCUUCCUCAGGUGUCUGACAUGUCUCCUCCUCUUCCUCCUCUUCCUCAGGUGUCUGACAUGUCUCCUCCUCUUCCUCCUCUUCCUCAGGUGUCUGACAUGUCUCCUCCUCUUCCUCCUCUUCCUCAGGUGUCUGACAUGUCUCCUCCUCUUCCUCCUCUUCCUCAGGUGUCUGACAUGUCUCCUCCUCUUCCUCCUCUUCCUCAGGUGUCUGACAUGUCUCCUCCUCUUCCUCCUCUUCCUCAGGUGUCUGACAUGUCUCCUCCUCUUCCUCCUCUUCCCUCAGGUGUCUGA